AUCGAUUUAUAAUGUCAUCUGAUAUUUUAAUGGAUUCAUGACUAUGACACAUGACGUAGCACUAAGAGCAGUAUUUUGGAAAGAAUUUUGUGGUGAUUUUUAUUAAUUUCAUUAAUAGAAUGGCAACUUUUUUUGGUGAAGUAGUAUUUCCAGUUUCACGAGCAUUUUGGGAUGAUGAAGAUGAAAAUAGAGCUAUUGAUUAUUCAGUUAAUCAAUUCGAAUUAUCUAUUCAAUGGUUAAAAGAAAAACCACUUGCAAUUGAUACUUUAAUUAUAGUUGAAGGCGAAAUGCUAAUUGAUUUUUCAAGAGAAUGUUUAUGUCCAAAUUCUAAAGAAAUAUGUUUUGUGGAAGAUGAAAAGCAAAAGAAAAUGUUUACAAUUUAUGAAGUUAGUGAUAAAGUUUAUUUAGGUAUUGUGUCUUCUCAUUUUGAUGUAAAAUUAUCAGGAAAACUUGUGGAAAAAUUGAAUGAUAUUAUAUUAAAUGCAAAAAGUACAAUUUGUAUAACAUGUCGUCAUAUAUCACAAUUUAAAAACAACAAUAUACCAACAGUACCAUCUUUCUUGAGAAUGUUAACUACAGAGAAUGGAAAAAAUAUUUGCAAAUUGAAAGAAACAUUUCUAGAGCAACCAAAUAUUAUAUAUGGAGUGGCAGCAGGAGUAUUGUCAUAUGCUGAAAUUAUGGAACUACCUUCAGUUUUAUAUAUUUUAUAUACAGAUAGUUUUGUAUUGGAUUCAUUAUCUGCAGAACCACUUUUAAAAUUAUUUUCAGCAAUGAAUUGUACAUUACACGAUGUUACAUUUUCUGAAAAAGAUUUUUUUAAUAAAGGCAAUCUUUACAUGUAAGAC